AUCCGCCACUGUUCGGGCGGCUACCUUUGCCGAUCGUAUUUCCUCCAUCGUCUUGACUUCAGCUUGGAGUGGAUUCUCCUGCCGAGAAUGGACAUAGCUUCAACCCCUCUCCAAGAUCAGCCAAACCUCUCUCAAAAGAGAGUUGCGGUGGUCGGUGCUGGCAUCAGCGGCCUUGCUGCAGCAUACAAGUUGAAAUUGCAGGGUUUGAAUGUCACAGUAUUCGAAGCUGAUGGGAGAGCUGGAGGGAAGCUGAGAAGUGGUUCCCGAGAUGGCCUAGUAUGGGAUGAAGGAGCCAAUACCAUGACUGAAACUGAAAUGGAAGUCCAAUUGUUACUGGAUUCCCUUGGACUUAGAGAGAAGCAGCAAUUUCCGAUUUCACAGAACAAGCGAUAUAUAGUCCGGAAUGGAGCUCCCGUUUUGUUACCAUUAAAUCCUAUUCAGGUGAUAACUAGCAACUUCCUUUCUGCGGGCUCAAAGUUUCAAAUACUCAAGGAGCCUUUUUUAUGGAUGAAUAAGAAGCUCCCCAAAGAGUCUGAUAUGAAUGAAAGCGUGGGUCAAUUUUUUCAGCGUCAUUUUGGGAAGGAAGUUGUUGAUUAUCUCGUUGAUCCUUUUGUAGCUGGCACCACUGGCGGGGAUCCUGAUUCACUUUCAAUGACUCAUGCCUUUCCUGAACUGUGGGAUCUGGAGAAAAGGUUUAGCUCAGUCAUAUUUGGGGCAAUCCAAUCUAAGAUAUUGUCCAAGAAGAAGAAUCAGGGAUCAAUUGCUGCUUCAAAGAAUAAGCGUAAGCAUGGAUCUUUUUCAUUUUUAGGUGGAAUGCAGACACUUACAGACGCACUGUGCAAAAAACUAGGCGAAGAUGAACUUAAACUUUCAUCAAAGGUUCUAGAAUUAUCUUCUUGCCACAAAGAAAACUGCCUAGAUGGCUGGUUAGUUUCUUAUGCCACACCUCACGUAAUACACUCAGUGGAUGAACCUUUUGAUGCUGUUGUGAUGACGGCCCCCCUGUCUGAUGUCAAAACUAUGAAGUUCACGAAGAAGGGUACUCCAUUUUUGCUCAACUUUCUUCCUGAGAUUGAAUAUGUUCCUCUAUCUGUCAUGAUCACCGCAUUCAAAAGAGAGAGCGUAAAACGGCCACUUGAGGGGUUUGGAGUUCUUGUACCAUCUAAAGAAGAACAGAAUGGUUUGAAGACACUAGGCACUAUAUUCUCUUCUAUGAUGUUUCCAGACCGAGCACCCAGCGAUGUCCAUCUUUACACUACAUUUGUUGGGGGGAGUCGAAACAGAGAACUUGCAAAAGCUUCAAGGGAUGAACUGAAGCAGAUCGUAGCUUCUGACCUUAAACAGUUGUUAGGGGUGGAGGGAGAGCCAACGUUUGUAAACCAUGUUUUUUGGAGUAAGGCAUUUCCUCUAUACGGCCGUAACUAUGGUUCGGUCCUGAAAGCGAUUGACAGGAUGGAGGAGAACCUCCCUGGAAUUUUCUAUGCAGGUAAUCAUAAAGGAGGGCUAUCUGUAGGCAAAGCAAUAUUAUCCGGUUGCAGUGCAGCUGAUCUUGUAAUCUCAUAUUUGGAAUCCUCUUCCAGUGGAGUCUCAGAAAUGCCAAUGACUGCUGAUAAGUGACAAGGGUAGGCCGCUUGUUCAUAUUAUCCUGGUUACUACUGCCAGUGUGUGUAGUAUUCUAUUUGGAUUAUGAUUUUUAUCAACCCCAUAUGCAGGAGGGUUAGGAGUAGGUUACUCAUGAGCACAAAUUGUACUUUUGUAUUAUGGUAUUUAUGUAAUUUUCGUGUAUAUAUAUAUACUCUGUGUAUUUCUAAAUCCGGAUGACAAACCAUCAAAAUCAAUGGGUAGAUGCUUG